CGUCCAAGAAUGCUGUCACUCAGUCCCCCUUGUCCUUGCCCUUGCCCUUUCUCAUUUGGAAUCUUUCCUCGAACCUUGAUUUAAAUAAAUUCUUCUCGUUAAAAUUUAUCGAUUGGUUUGGUGUAAAAUACCGCUAGCCGCCCUCCCAGCCGGCUGGGCAAUGAAUGACCCUUUGACCCUUUCUGAGUAUAUUCAGCUCAGCCUCUUCUCACCAAAGCGGCCUCCGUGCAUCCUUCUAUUUAUCGUGGCGCUGAGCCCAGUUUUUCACUAAUUUAUGCAGAGAUAGAUUGUCUCAAGAUAAUUGUUGUCCAAUAUGGCCGAUCAACAGGAGUCUCUUGUUGAUAUUGUUAAAACGAACAAAUUUAUCACCAAAUCAGAUGAUGAGGUUCUUGAACUUUUCAAGAACGCCUUUGAGACGGAGCUCAAUCAUCUAAAGAAUGCAAGUCCCACCGUGGAAUCCGGCGCAACGAGGAAUUGGAACGGGACACCAUCACAGAAAGUCUUCGGGAAGGAUUUCCAUGAAGUGAAUCGAACACUAACCAGCAUGUUGGCCAUCAAAUGGAUCCUGGCGGGCGACUAUAACACUUUCACAAGCGGCCAAGAUAACGGGAAGCUUGAAGAGGGCUCCUUCAUGAAGUUGCGGGAGUUCUUUUGCCAUGGCUUGCCUAACCCAGAGGAUCUAUACGCUCUUAUUGUUGCAAUUGCAAUUGACGAUAUCGGGAAGGAUAAAGCUCUUGCCCAGAGCGUGGAAAUCCCAGAAAAGAACCAUGGAGAAGUGUUGCUCAAGGCUGCGGAGAAGGGAUUAGUGCCUGCGUUGGAAACCAUCACAGACCAAACCAAGAAACAUAAUAUCAUCCAGAGCCUGAGGAUCGGCUCGAAACUUGAUAUUUCACAAAUAGUUCAGGGGGAAACAGUCCCGCACAGCAUGCUUGCUCUGAAUAAUUGCCACAAGCUUCAGGAUGCAUUCAAUAUCAAGGCCAUGGUAACGUUGCUGGAUGUCGGAGGGGCUGCUGCGCAUAGUGACCCGCGCGGGUGCAUUGUGAUGACGCAGCCGAUAUUCAGUCACUAUAUGAAGGCAAUUGAGCUCUUGGAUGAAUAUCGCAAGAUGGAAAACUCAGACUGGCCAGAAUGCUACGACAACUAUUUGGCUUACCGUGCUGAUAUUCUGAAGGCCGAUGGGUUCGCUUCACUAUCUACUAAAAUCUCGGAACAGCGUGCACUUCUUCGACUUCUUUGCAUGGGGCGAGUGGAGACGAAGGGGAAAGCAGAGCUGUUUCAGAACGCUUUUUCGGAUUUGCCAUCUUCUACAAAGACGGAUCUGGUGCAGGGACUGAGUGUAAAUGGCAUUCAAGAUGGCACUGCCAUUCUUCCCUACUACGCACCCGGUAUCCUGUCAGAGGUGCUGAGGGGUAUACCUGAAGGGAGAAUUGUCCAGUACCUGGAAGCGUUUAUGCAGUUCCUGGCUGGAGUAUAUGAUGGUUCCAAACCUGAGCCUGGCGAGCCAGGUGCCCUUGAGGAACGUGACUUGGCCCCCAUGCAGGGCACGGUUAAAGGCCCCGAAUUCAAGAAUGAUCCACAAAUCUUAGCGACGGCCAGACUAUGACGAAGGGUGAAUAGAGGGUUUUUUUUUUUUUUUUUCUCCUAUUCUUUUCUUU